UUUUUUCUGCUGGUUAUUGAAAUUGUAUUUUUUUUUUAAAUGAUUUCCUAUUCCAGAUAUUUAAGACAAACAGGCAACACAGAUGCAUCGCAAAUCAAAUGGAAUCGGUCCCUGUGCAUAGAAAUGUUUGCUCGGAAAGAUACACCUUCCUACGUCAAUUCCGCUUGAAUGCGCCACUCGGAUUCCUCGGAACUUCCACCGAAUGAAUGAACUGGUGCUUCAAGUGCAGCGGAAUUAUCUGCCGCGGAAGCUGCUCGACGACCUUCCAUCUGGUCUCACAAGACGACAUCUUCUUUGGCCCAAUGUGUAUAAUUAUUGUUAAUGAAAUGUAGUAAGUUUCACUAAUAAAUCAUUCAUGAUGUUUGUUGGUACUGGGAGCACGGCUCGAACAAGAUCACCGAUACCCCUCGUCCUAUUAAUUGUCACAUGUCGUCCAACAACGAUAGGGAAGAAUGUCACGAUAAAAAGACAACAUAAUUGUGCUAGCAGACGUAAUCACGUGCAGUAGCCGAUCAAAUUUUUGCUGAAAUCAAUAGGGAAUUUAUUAUUUUAUUAUUUCUGCGCACCAAUACUGUAAGUUUCUUGAGCUGGUGCCUAAACGUUGAUUUAAUACUUAUUUACUAUUAGAACUAGUGGUAAAAUUCGAUUGCCUUAAGCUGUCAUCGAAGAGGUGUCAUGGAAAGUCACCUAACUGUAAGCACAAAUUAUGUUCAGAGUAACAUGCAGAUUCUAAUUUUUUACUUAUGUUAUAGCUUAAAAGCAACAGUGACAAAUAAACAAACUGUUCGCUAAAAGACGCUGACUUUACUUCCUCCGGUGGCAACAUUCUUUUAAGAGUUAGCGGUACAACAACACAAGAAACAUAAUGUCAACAGCAUCAGCACCCGCAGAGAUUCAGCACCGCUGUGCUAAAUGCGGAUUACCUGGUGCAAGUUCCGAAACGAUCACCUGCGUACGGUGUAGCUAUUGGUAUCACGGAACAUGUGGAGGUGGACGCGAAAAUGUGUUGGAUGGCAGUUGGGUGUGUGCGCCUUGUGUGGUGAGUGGAUCUGGAAGAUCCACUCGAUCCGACAGCAGCUCACGAUCGUUGAGAAUAAAAGUGGAACUGCUAAAACUCGAUGAAGAGAAGCAAGUCAGAGAGAAGCGAUUGCAGGAGAAGCACGAACAAGAAAGGCGCGCAUGGAAAGAAAAAGAAGAAUUGGACAAAGAGUACCUCGAUCGUAAAUAUUCUUUAAUUUUGGCGGAUACAAUAGAAGGAGAUGAUUGCACAACUACUAGCAGCAGUUCAAUAUACCACCACAAAGGCCCACUGCGGAUGGGAACAGUUUUGUUUACAUCUAUGCCUGGCAAUACACAUCACCCAAACUUCACAGUACCUCUUGAAGUUGGACUGAAUGAACUUGGCCUUACAAAUCAAGGUUCCUUCACAGUGUUCAUACCAGCUCAAACAUCCACGCCAGGACCGGGACAGGUUUCAAUGGAGAUUUGUACACCUGCUGUUCAUCAACCAGUAGUGGAAACAGGGCUGAGCGAGCCAAUUACGACGACGACAAUCGGGAAUCUGGCGGUUGUAGACCAGCGAGCGCCGUCCGGACAGAUCCCGGUCGCGCCGAGCACGCAGCCUGUUGGAAAUGCUACGGUGCCGCCGACAGUCCGAUUCUCCGCGCCACUACCAGUUGCGUCAAAUGUGCUGCCACCGCAGCCAGCAGGUGCGUCGAGUGUACCACCAACGGCAAACCAGUUCUUCGUGCAGGCUGCAGCGAUUGGACAGAUGCCGUUCGUGUCAAGCGCGCAGCUUGUUGGAACUGAUACGUUGCUGCCCGCAGCAAGGUUCUCCGCGCCACAACAAGCGGCGUCAAAUGUGCUGCCAUUGCAGACAGCAGAAGCGUCAAUUGUGCCACCGGCGGCUAACCAGAUCCCGUUCGUGUUGAAUACGCAGCCUGUCGGAUCUGCUACGGCGGCGCCCUUAUCACCGCAUCCGUCAGCUUCAGAUGUGCUUCUACCGCAGCCAGCAGGUGCGUCGUAUUUGCCGCCUGCGGCAAAUCAGGUCCCUCGGCAGACUUCUGCAAUCGGUCCGAUCCAGUUUGUGCCGAGCACGCAGCCUGUUGAAAAUGCUACGGUGCCGCCCAUAGUCCGAUUCUCCGCGCCACUAUCGGUUGCGUCAAAUGUGCUGCCACCACAACCAGCAGGGGCGUUGAGUGUGCCAACUGCAACAAACCAGUUCUUCGAACAGACACCAGCGUCCAGGGAGUUCGUGUCGAGUACGCAGCCUGUUGGAAAUGCUACCUCGGCGCCCACAGCCCUUUUCUCGGCGCCAAUACCGGCGGCGUCAAAUGUGCUGCAACCAAAUCGGGCCUCGGGGCAGACUUCUGCAACCGGACCAAUCCAGUUUGUGCCGAGCACACAGCCUUUCGGAACUGCUGCGGUGCCGCCCACAGUACGAUUCUCCGCGCCACUACCCGCUGCGUCAAAAGUGCUGCCACCGCAACCAGCGGGUGCGUCGUUUAUGUCAUCUGCGGCAAGUCAGUUCCUUCCAGAGACAGCAGCGGCCGGCCAGAUCCUAUUCGUGUCGAGUACGCAGCCCGUCGGAACUACUUCGGUGCCACCUGCAGAGCGAUUUGGAGCGCCUGGAAAACUGGGAUCCCCCAGUAUAUUUUAUCAGGAUCGAUUCCAGCAACAGAUGGCAGCACGGCAGGUUGUCCCGAUGGAACUACCCAUCUUUACGGGCAACCCAGAAGACUGGCCGCUAUUUAUUAGUAGCUACCACCAUUCAACGGAGAUGUGCGGCUUCACGGACGCAGAAAAUUUGAUACGCUUACAAAAUUGUCUUCAAGGAUUUGCGAGGGAAACCGUUCAGAGUAAUCUACUCCUUCCAUCGACUGUUCCUCAAGUUUUGGAAACGUUGGAAAUGAUUUUUGGAAAUCCAGCAAGGCUCAUACAAUCAUUAUUAGAAAAGGUGAAGAGUACUCCCUCACCGAAGGCCGAUCGACUAGAAACACUGAUCAGUUUUGGAGUCGUGGUGAAAAAUUUAGUUGGACAUCUGAAAGGAGCAAACCAACAAGCGCACCUGAUGAAUCCAUCGUUACUUCGUGAUCUGGAGAAUAAGCUACCAGCCAACAUUUGCCUGGAUCUAUAA